AUGUGUUGGAAACAUGUUGAUGAGGAAGCCUGCACCUUUACCAUUCACGACUGCUUGAGCCUUUUGGUGUCAAGCCGGUGGUAUGGCUGGGAAGGGAAAGGAGGAAAAGAAAGAUAUUAUACAAGUCGUCCAUUAUAUAAACGUCUGGAUCGUGUUUUACAGCACUAUCUCAGGACGUCGGAAUUUCUGUACAGUAUGAUGAGAUUGAAAAAGGGUGUGUUGGAAAGGCGAAACGAGUCUCACUUGUUUGGACUGCUUGUCGAGGCACGGCGGUAUAUGAGUUUGUUCCAGCAUCACGAUGGCGUCACUGGGACAUCUAAGCAACAUGUUAUGGUUGAUUAUGGCCAGAAGAUGUUUAUGGCAAUAAAGAAUUGUGAACAAAUCAUACUUGCAGCUACAGAUUUUUUGCUGCGAAAUGUGAGUGCAAAAGAUGUGCCACCCAAGCCGUCCAUUUUCAUGGAAGAAAUCCGAAGUGCCUACGAUUCUUCUCCUGAAAAACGAGUUGUAACGAGUGCUAGCACAUUGAUUGUUUUCAAUUCACUGGGCAAGAAAGUCGCAAAAACGAUAUGUGUACAUGUGAAAUCGCUGAAUGUCGUGGUGCACGCUGCCUCCGGACCCAGUGACAUCGUUCCGCAGCAGAUCAGUCCGGUUGUUCAGUUUAUCGAUGGCCAGUGGAAUAUUAGUGCGACAUUAUUUGAAUUAAAACCAUUCCAGCUGUGCUUCCAUGCUGUGAUACCACCCGUAAGUUUCCGAAAGUAUUUGAUCAGAUCGGGCUCGCCUAAGCUUAAAGCCACAAUCCGGGUGAACUUUAGUGGAGUACAGAACAGUAAUUUCGUGAUCGAGCCACUGAGGGAAUUCGCAUUUGGGAACGGCCUCAUAACGGCAGCAUUUGAUCCAGUAACCGGGCAUUUAAAGGUAUGUGAACAGCUCUGGCUUUUGAUCUAG